UGAUACUCAUCAACUUAGUUGGCAUUGGAGUUUUUUGCAUGAUCAGCAGAACAACAGCUGACCCACUUCUGCAGAUCAACACCACUGAACUGCUCAAGCAGGAGCUUGCAGCUGGAUACUUUCCUCCUUCCCACAGCUUUGCUCUGCUCUGGUGGGUUUGCCGUUUUGCUAUUAGCUUUGACAGUAGAAGAAAUAUGUUUCUAAAUUUCAAUCCUAAUCUUCGGCCCUUUGGUUUUUAUCGUCUAAUGAAUGACUGGGAUUACAACUGGAAUCUUCGUUCUUUACCUGAGAUAGGACCUGGAGUCGAGUACCAUGCAGUUGGUAUAUUAAACUCCUAUAUAGCGCCAUCUUCAAUAGAUCUGCCAUUUUUCAUUCGACAAUAUUAUGACUAUCUGAAUUUCAAUAUACCAAGCUGGCCUAAAUUUUGGUCUACACAUGAAAACAGAGAUCGUAUGGUCAUAGUAUUUGCCUAUGUAAGUUCUAACAGUUAUGUCACUAAUGUCUAUAUAACUGAUCAUUAUGAUCCAACCAGAACUUUCUGGGUUUCCCCAAACUUCAUAACAGAUAUUAAAAGCCUUGAACUGGAUGCUUUUUUGAAACAGGUGGGUUAUGAGACUCCUUUUCAAGUAUGCAGUGCCUUCAGCUGUGGAAAUCUGAAUAAGAGAACAAAAAAGUCUGACACUGAUACUGACUGUGAGGAUAUGUUUAGGUAUAACACAACAUUUUCAGUUAAAACUACUCGUAGUGGCAAAGCAGCUCUAGAAUGGAAAUACCUACCACAUGUGGACGAGAGCUCCUGGAUUGGCCUUUAUAAAGAUAACUAUGCAAGCGAUAAUGAGUUGUUGGUCAAGGUCUCGGUUUACCCUCGUAUAUCAGGAUAUUAUGAAACCAAUAUUGACAUCCAUCCUGGUAUACAAGUCAGGUAUGCCCCUAGUAAGGAGUACAAGGCACUGAUGAGGGGCCCUGAGUUGAGUGAAUCCUGUGGAGCAGCUCCAGUCGUAGUCAUCGCUGUUGACUUAGUAUAUAUUCAGUUUGUGGUUAGCCGAGGCAAAGCUUGUGCCAAAUUAUAUGUCAGAAAUGAUCUAGCUUCCUGGAAGACCAGUUAUUCAUUAUAUUUUAUGGCUUUUUAUUUGUCUUCCGAUUAUACAACUUCCUCUUAUUACAGCUACAAGUACUUAAAAGAUUUUGUAAAAAGUGAAAAUGCUGAUCUUCCUAAUCAUGAUGUUUACCUGGAUGGCUGUACUGGCCCUACAAUUGUUCCAGGAGUAUUACUGCGUAUCUGGUAUAACAACUACUAUUAUAUUGCACAGUCUGUUCCAUGGAACUGCUGAAGCCAUACGUGCAUCCUGCCCUGUGAAGAAACUUGAUAACUGAUAGUCUGAAAAAUGUUUUGGAGCUAACUGUAUGAAACAGAUGUAGCUCAAAGUUACAGUCUGUUAAACAAUGUGCAUCAUACAAAACAGUGCUUAUUUGUAACCUAAACAUGCUGUGAUCACUGAAUUUUAAAACAAAACAUUAUACUUAAAUAUUUAACAUAAAAUGAUAUAAAGUUAGUGCAGAAAAUAGUAAUCCUGUGACAGUCUUGUGGUAGAGCACUAAAAAUCAAUGACAUAG